GACUCCAACGGUCAUGAACGUGUCUACGCAAUCAUCGCUUGUUUGAUAUCCGUCGGAGUCGUCUGUUUGGUAGCCUUUACGGUGCUUGGAACAUUAACAAAAUCCAUGACUCCAACGGCCAUGAACGUGUCUACGCAAUCAUCGCUUGUUUGAUAUCAGUCGGAGUCGUCUGUUUGGUAGCCUUCACGGUGCUUGGAACAUUAAAAAAAUUGCCUGUAUUACGAGUUCCAACACCACAAGGUCCUGUUACGCCGAAACCGACAACGACCCCCACCACGAACCCGAGGAUGACGACGACGACUAUAUUGACACCAUUCACAGAACUUGUCUGCACGGUUUCCGGCUACUUGUUAUACACGUAUCCACCAGAUGGUUUGUGUCAUUACCUGUUCUACUGGGACGCUGUCGUAUUUCGCAAAACCAUACGGGACGUAGGCGGCUCACAUUCCUGGGAUAUUUUUAAGGACCAAACGGCACGGCUGAAGAAAACGUCCAGAGGCAUCAGCUUCAACUCCCGGUUAGUGGCUGCGUCUACUAUUCGCUCAGUAGAGAAGGAGCUCGAAUAUCUGGCCACGAUAAACAUCAAGCACUAUGGUGUUUUGAGCAUGUUGGCCACCCGAGAGAAUGCGCACGACUUGUUGCAGAACACGAAAGCGCUUCUUCAAAAACUCAAGACUAUACAAGGUAACGACAUCACCAAAAGGAUGAUACUGGCGAUGGGCCUGUACGAUUAUGGUUCGCAAGGCGAAUACUAUAGCUUUUUCACGAAUCUGUUGAAAGAAGCAGUCGACACGUCGAAGGCGGACACUGUCAUCGCGAUUAGCUCUGUCGGGUGGCUGUACAAUAGCAGCCGAUGUGAACUUACGCCACCCUCUGUCUGGGACACGUCGGCACUGCCAGGCUUGGCCAGCACCUUGGGAAGAAGGUAUCCUGACCUGCGCAGGCAUGCGGCACUGAUGUCGAAACAUCAAAGCAACUUCGACUUGAAGGUUAAGAUGGGCCUCUCUUUCGAGUUGGCCACGCUGGUCUACAACGUCUCUCGGCACUUGCAGGCUGUCAAUGUUGCAAUGAUUCACAGCGAGUGCCAGUCGUUAUUUACGGCGAACUUUGAUAUCGUGCCAUGUAAAAAAACUUUACGCUCAACUCGCGGCCUUGUGCACCCAGACGUCAGUAUCGGAGUUUUGGACGAUGUCCAUCAAAUUUUACUCUUCGAGGACGAGGAUACCUUGCAGAAAAAGUGCAGGGACCUGCUAAAACCAUCUACCGACCUGCGGCCAAACAUGGUGAUGCUCCUAUUCAACGUUCACCUCGGCGGCUACGACGAACGGAACAGAUGCGGUAGUUCCGAUCCACUGAGGGCCGACCCAUUUUGGCGUGUCCGCGUGGUGAAGAGGACACUGAAUAUCCCGUGACGCUGGGUCGAGGUGGCUACAGUUGAACUGAGAAAUAAGAACUUUCAGCGCUUGCCAGCGGUGGCAAUACGUUGGAGAUGUUUGCGAAUUCUUUACUAUUAUAAUUUAUUGUGCAUUAUUAUAUGAUUCGUUGUUGCAUCGCCCUAGCUUGCCGUAUU